AAACAAAGACGACUCAUUUCUGUUGGCUGAUCCCGGAACGUGACCGACAGUGACGAGCUGCAUUCUCAGAAGAGCCAAUGAACCGCAGGAGAGCACCUCGUCGCAUCUCCCACUCCCAGAGGAGGAGUGCACCAGCAGGAGGAGAGUGGAGACAGAGGAACCAAGAGCAAUGGCGAGGCCAAGAGAAACCACAAGUGAGAGAAGUCGAGGAGGAGGUAAGACCUGGGCAGCAGGGGAAGGAAAAUGUGCCCAAGGGGAUCUGCUGGUCUAUGUGCCCUGCUCGUGAGCAGCAGGCGCGGGAGUCACAGAACCGCCUGCACCGCUUUGAGAUGUUAGCAGGCACAGCAAGAGAUCGACGGCCCAGAGUUGACCCCCUGCGUGCUGUCAAGGAGUAUUCCAGACCAGCAGCGGGGAAAGACGCAACAAACCCCACUGACCUCCGUCCCCCUGAUGUGUUGCUGAAAACUGUGAGCUACCUUAUUGAUGACAUUGCUGCCUCCCCUCGUCUGCAUCCUUGGACUGAGGUAUACAGCUUUGUUUUUGAUCGGCUGCGUAGUGUGAAGCAGGACAUGAUCAUCCAGAGGGUGAGUGGGUCAGACUGUGUCGCCAUUUUGGAGCGGACAGUACGUUUCCUCAUCUAUGCCUCUUAUCGUCUUUGUGGUGAGCCCCUGCGGCUCUAUGACCCACGCAUCAAUGACACACACCUCCAGGAGAACCUGAGCUGGCUGUUGGACUGCUAUGCAUCUGAAACAAGACCACAUCCCAACCAGGAGGAGUUUCAGGCUCUUGGUCUGCUCUACAACUUAGGUUCAACUCGUGCCAUGCAGCACGUCAUGGAGCUCCCUGAGCGGCUUCGCAGCAGUCCUGCCAUCACGCUUGCUAUGUCCAUCAACCGGGCUUUUCUAGAGCGAAACCCUGUACGACUGCUCCGAUUUGCCAAAAGGUUGAACUUCCUGCAGAGCUGUGCUCUGCACCGACACCUGGUGUCAUGUCGUAGAGAUUUGCUGCUAAUAUACAGCCAUGGAUACAGCAGCCGAAACUGUCGCUUUCCCCUGGACAAGCUGUCUCAGCUCUUGGCCUUGGAUACAUCACUCACAGCUCAACUCUGUCAAGCGUAUGGAGUGGAGGUUAAUCAACAAAACCAAGUGGUCUUCUCCAAAACUGCUUUCACUGAGCCUGAACAAGGGAAACUGCACUGUACACUAUAUCACAAUAUAGUGGCAGAGAAACAAAGAGACCUCACUAUUGGGAGCAUCAUUCACGGUUGUGCUUGAGACAAAAACGUUGUGAAUAAAUGAUAAAAUAACAAGCUGUCUAUUUGCUCCCGUUCCUCCACAGUAGGCCACAGCUUUUACACAGCCUGUUCAAGACAGGAGUGGUGCGCUGUUAUUCCGCCUCUCCAUUCUGUAUAAAAGGUACAGACAUGGAAUGGCGGGGGGGGGGCAUUGUUGUUCUACCAUUAAGCCAGCAGCAGAAGUAGUCACAUUGCCGAAUUGAUGUCUUUGUAAAAGGGACAGCUGGCAUGGCGGAACUACACACGCUAGAUGCUGACAAUGUUACAUGUUACACCUCUGAUUCUGGAACGUGCAUGCUAUCUAAAAUCACACACAGGGGCGGCAUUAUGCCGGCUUUGUUUGGUUCAGUGUAAAAAGAGAGCAAAGCCGGCAUAAUGAUGGGUCUUCUUUAUGGCAAUAUUGCAGGAUUUCUGUAUAAAAGGGGCUAGUGAAACUGGCAGAGAUUUAAAGUCUUGUUCAAAGAUCUCUGUUCAGCAGGGCAGCUGUUGUGCUAUGUGGUUUCUUCUUUCUACUCUCUUCAAUACAAUAUUGCUUCAAAGCACCGGAAGUUUAAGGUUCUUCUUUUCCCUGAGUUGGGCAGGGCACUCUUCUUGGCUGUCCAUUCUGAAUGUUUUACUGAUGAAAUGUUUUAUGUUCUUGUGUGUUUUUUAAGGUCAGUGUUAGGGCCAUUGUCGGGCUAUGCUGCCUGAGAGAGGCUCAUCUCAGGAAAGAAAUGUCCCGUCUUGGUUCUGUAUGUUCUCAUUCAUCCAUACACUCAUGUGUGGCCAUGUACCUGGUGCCUAAAAUACUUUAAAGAUGUGAAUUCCUUUUUAUAUUGAUACUGUUUAAGUGUUAUAUUAGUGUCAUGCUAUGUUUUUGUUUUUCAGUACUUCAGAAAACAUGUAAAAUAAACUGUGCAGCAGUGUUCAUUUCAUCUAAUAAAUGCAGUACCUCAGAAACCCAUUUCAAUAAAUUUUGUUACUUAAAUGAGA